AUGCACAUUAAGUCAGUCAUUCUUGAGGGAUUCAAGUCCUAUGCUCAGAGGACUGAAGUCAAUGGUUUUGACCCUCUGUUCAAUGCUAUCACUGGUUUAAAUGGUAGUGGAAAAUCCAACAUAUUGGACUCCAUCUGCUUUUUGCUGGGCAUCUCCAACCUGUCUCAGGUUCGGGCUUCUAACUUACAAGAUUUAGUUUACAAAAAUGGGCAAGCUGGUAUUACAAAAGCCUUGGUGUCAAUCACCUUUGAUAAUUCUGACAAAAAGCAGAGUCCUUUAGGAUUUGAGGUUCAUGAUGAAAUUACAGUAACAAGGCAGGUAGUUAUUGGUGGCAGAAAUAAAUAUUUAAUCAAUGGAGUAAAUGCAAACAAUACCAGAGUAUACGAUCUCUUCUGUUCUGUUGGUCUUAAUGUUAACAACCCUCACUUUCUCAUCAUGCAGGGCCGAAUUACAAAAGUGAUGAAUAUGAAACCUCCAGAGAUUUUGUCCAUGAUAGAAGAAGCAGCUGGAACCAGGAUGUAUGAAUACAAAAAACAAAAUGCUCAGAGGACUAUAGAAAAAAAGGAGGCUAAGCUGAGAGAAAUUAAGACGAUACUUGAAGAAGAAAUUACUCCAACCAUUCAAAAAUUAAAAGAGGAAAGAUCUUCCUACUUGGAGUACCAAAAGCUAUUGAGAGAAAUAGAACAUCUGAGUCGUUUAUAUAUAGCUUAUCAGUUUUUGCUGGCUGAAGAUACUAAAGAACGCUCAGCUGAGGCAUUAAAAGAAAUGCAGGAUAAAAUUAAGAAGCUUCAAGAAGAAGUGUCUGAGAAUGAUAAAAAAAUAAAAGCACUUAGUCAUGAAAUAGAAGAGUUGGAAAACAGAAAAGAUAAGGAAGUUGGAGGUAUACUUCGAUCUUUAGAAGAUGCUCUUACGGAAGCUCAGCGAGUUAAUACUAAAUCUCAAAGUGCCUUUGAUUUCAAGAAGAAAAAUCUGGCAAGUGAAGAGAACAAACGCAAAGAACUGGAGAAAAAUAUGGUAGAGGAUUCUAAAACUUUAGCAGCAAAGGAAAAAGAGGUUAAAAAAAUAACAGAUGGACUAAGUGCCCUUCAAGAAGCAAGUAAUAAAGAUGCUGAAGCUUUGGCCAUUGCACAGCAGCACUUUAAUGCUGUUUCUGCUGGUCUGUCCAGUAAUGAAGAUGGAGCAGAAGCAACUCUUGCUGGUCAGAUGAUGGCCUGUAAAAAUGACAUAAGUAAAACUCAGACAGAAGCCAAACAGGCUCAGAUGAAGUUGAAACAUGCCCAACAAGAAUUAAAGACUAAACAAACAGAAAUUAAGAAGAUGGAUAGUGGCUAUAGGAAAGAUCAAGAAGCAUUAGAAGCUGUGAAAAAACUUAAAGAAAAACUUGAAACUGAAAUGAAAAGGCUAAAUUAUGAAGAAAACAAGGAGGAAAGCCUGCUGGAAAGGCGCAGGCAGCUGUCUCGUGAUAUCAGUAGACUAAAAGAAAAAGAAGAAGCUCUCCUGGCCAGAUUUCCCAAUCUUCGAUUUGCCUAUAGGGAUCCAGAGAAGAACUGGAAUAGAAAUUGUGUGAAAGGACUUGUAGCUUCACUGAUCAGUGUAAAAGAUACUUCUGCAACCACUGCUUUAGAAUUAGUGGCCGGAGACCGACUCUACAAUGUUGUAGUAGACACAGAGGUUACUGGAAAAAAGCUACUAGAAAAGGGGGAAUUGAAGCGUCGAUACACUAUAAUUCCACUCAAUAAAAUUUCAUCCAGAUGUAUUGCUCCAGAAACUCUGAGGAUUGCUCAGAAUCUGGUUGGCCCUAAUAAUGUUCAUGUGGCUCUUUCCCUGGUUGAAUACAAACCAGAACUUCAGAAAGCAAUGGAAUUUGUCUUUGGAAUGACAUUUGUUUGUGACAAUAUGGAUAAUGCAAAAAAAGUAGCUUUUGAUAAAAGGAUAAUGACUAGAACUGUAACUCUAGGAGGUGAUGUGUUUGAUCCUCAUGGGACAUUGAGUGGAGGUGCUCGAUCCCAGGCAGCUUCCAUUUUAAUGAAGUUUCAAGAACUCAAAGAUGUUCAAGAUGAGCUCAGAACCAAGGAGAAUGAGCUACAGGCUCUAGAAGAGGAAUUAGCCAAUCUUAAAAACACUGCUGAAAAGUAUCGCCACCUAAAACAGCAGUGGGAGAUGAAAGCUGAGGAGGUAGAUUUAUUACAAACCAAGCUUCAGCAAAGCUCGUAUCAUAAGCAACAGGAAGAAUUAGAUGCUCUUAAAAAAAUCAUUGAGGAAAGUGAGGAGACCUUAAAAAACACCAAAGAAAUUCAGAAAAAAGCUGAAGAAAAAUAUGAGGUGUUGGAGAAUAAAAUGAAAAAUGCUGAAGCUGAAAGAGAGAAAGAACUGAAGGAUGCACAGAAAAAACUAGAUUGUGCCAGAACUAAAGCAGAUGCUUCUAGCAAAAAAAUGAAAGAAAAACAACAGGAAGUUGAAGCUAUCACCCUGGAGCUGGAGGAGCUCAGGAGAGAGCAUGCAUCCUAUGAACAACAGCUUGAAGCUGUAAAGGAAGCUAUCAUAUCCUACGAGGGUCAGAUUGCAGUAAUGGCCUCUGAGGUGGCUAAAAAUGAGGAGUUAGUAAACAAAGCUCAGGAAGAGGUGACCAAGCAAAAAGAAGUGAUAACAGCCCAAGACAACAUAAUUAAAGCUAAAUAUGCAGAAGUAGCAAAACACAAGGAGCAAAACAAUGAAUCUCAGCUUAAAAUUAAGGAACUGGACCAUAACAUCAGCAAACAUAAACGGGAAGCUGAAGAUGCUGCUGCAAAGGUAUCCAAAAUGUUGAAAGACUAUGACUGGAUUACUGUAGAAAAACACCUCUUUGGGCAACCCAAUAGCACCUAUGAUUUCAAAGCUAACAACCCAAAAGAAGCUGGUGAGAGACUUCAGAAGUUGCAAGAAAUGAAGGAGAAACUGGGAAGAAAUGUCAACAUGAGAGCCAUGAAUGUGCUGACUGAAGCUGAAGAGCGUUAUAAUGACUUGAUGAAGAAGAAGAGAAUUGUAGAAAACGACAAAUCCAAAAUCCUGGCAACUAUAGAAGACCUUGACCAGAAGAAAAACCAAGCCAUAAAUAUUGCUUGGCAAAAGGUAAACAAGGACUUUGGAUCUAUUUUUUCUACUCUUUUGCCUGGUGCUAAUGCUAUGCUUGCACCACCAGAAGGGCAGACUGUGUUGGAUGGUCUGGAGUUUAAGGUUGCCUUAGGAAAUACUUGGAAAGAAAACCUAACUGAACUUAGUGGUGGUCAGAGGUCUUUAGUGGCUCUGUCAUUAAUCCUGUCCAUGCUCCUUUUCAAACCUGCCCCAAUCUACAUCCUGGAUGAGGUCGAUGCAGCCCUGGAUCUUUCUCAUACUCAGAAUAUUGGCCAUAUGCUGCGUACUCAUUUCACACAUUCUCAGUUCAUUGUGGUGUCCCUAAAAGAAGGUAUGUUCAACAAUGCAAACGUCCUUUUCAAAACCAAGUUUGUGGAUGGUGUUUCUACAGUAGCCAGAUUUACUCAGUGUCAAAAUGGAAAAGUUCCAAAGGAAAACGAAUCCAAGUCAAAAAGACCCAAGUGA